AUGUCGUUUGUGGUAAACACCUUUCAACAGUACUCUAACGACUAUGGACUGGGUAACAAUGGAGUGAAGAUAUGUUUGAACUAUUUUGACGGAAUCCCUGAUCAAAGCUUGAUAAACUCUUUGCCUAGUCCAGAGCUGAAAUUGGCGAUUAAAUCUUUAUUGAAAAGAGAUGAUACGACGAAAGAAAGAGCAAUCAAUGAUUUACUCAAGUUAAUAGAUAAUACUGGAAAAGAUGAAAUCCAUUUUGAUAAUGAUGUCUUCCUUCUUUGUUGGUCUCAACUUUAUUCGAAGCUCGUUUCCAAUCAAUCGAAAGUAAUCCGGUUGGGCUCCCAUCACUUGACGACAGAAUUGAUAAAAUUAUUGGGGAAACGGAUCACAAAGUUUUUGAAAGAUUUUGUUCCUCUUCUAUUGUCAGGCAGCUAUGACUUCGAUGCUAGUGUAGCAAAAGGUUGUCAAGAUGAUAUCCUCAAAUGUUUUAACAAAGAUCCCAAAAAGGUGGCGGCAUUAUGGACUGUCUUCCGUGACCAAACCCUGACUUUUGUCAAAGAAGUUGUAGUGGCGGAAAAUCAAAAUACAAUAUCUGACGACAAAUAUGUGCCUCCGGAAGAGGCAGAAAUAAAGUAUAAUCAUCUCAUAACUUCUGCAAUUUUGACUUUGAUACGUUUAAUAAGCGACGAAAAGAAUAGCGAUCUAUUUGAGGCUAAUACACUGUAUGAUAUACUGAUAUGUGAAGAUUUGUGGCGGUACUUCAAUCUGAAAAAGACAAACAACUUGAAAACAUUUCAGGCACUUCUUCAAUUACUCGACACGCUUACAGGCAACGAAUACAUAAAAAAUCACAAUGAAAUUUUAAAGUUAGCUUCGAAAAGACUUUUCAAAUCAAUGGCACAAAUCUCGUCCAGGAAUUCAUUAAUGAUUUCACCUUUAUUCCCGCAGAUACUCAGCACUUUGAUACAUUUAAGUGAAUACUCAGGUGCAAAAUUUUGGACUUUUGAUCGCUCUUCGAAAGAUAAACUAAUCCAUUUCCUUUCGCAAGGUCCUGGUAACGCAGAUCCCAGCUACUAUUACUUGAAAUACACGCUCUAUCGACAGACUAAUGCACCUCUGGAUCUACAUGACUGGCUGCUUUUGUGGCAGGGAGACAUUCAAAUUGAAUCGAAAAGAAGGGUUUUCACUAAAAAUGUCGAAAAGUUGCUAUCUGAAUGUUGGAAGUACUAUUUGAAAAUAAUUGAAGAUGGCGCACUUAGCAUGGAUGGUGACAAAGAAUCUAACAUCCAGCAACAGAUAAUAGAAACUUUGAAUAGAAAACCUUUGAAUGAGAAUUCUCACCUAACUUCAUUGUUUGCCAGUUUUUUAUCUUUUGAAAUGCUUAUCGACGAGAUGAAGCGUUUGUUACCGGAAGGAAAGAAUGAGCAGCAUCAGAAUUUCGUUUAUUUCGAUAACCUAAUCAUUCUUCUUAUUAAGAAACCCGGCAAUCGCGAACCCCUGAAGCAGUUGGCGACAUUGAUUUUGGAGUCAAUAAAUCAGUGCACUGAGUAUGAUGCUCACUACGGAUUUCGCAUUUACGAUUUAUUUAUAAAUCGUGAAAUAAUGUUUCUGCAGGAUGAAGUGUCAAAGUUCAUUUAUGAAUUGCCAACAUUUAUAAGUGAAAGUUUCUAUGAAAUUCCAGCAAAAAUAAUGGUGCAUUACUCAAGCUCUGCGUAUCGCAAAAAUUCUAGUAUUGAUACUUGGCUAAGGUAUUACGAUGACUUUUUGAUUAUCAUCUUAGGAAUACCUAUUCCUCAAAAUUUCUUAAUUUCGAUUUUUAAUGAGCUCGACGAUGAAGUUUUUGAAACUCUAAUGGAGCAGUCUCGGGAUUUGAGAACUUUUGUUUCCCAGUAUGUUGACUCAUAUGAUUUCUCUGACAAUUUGAUUUUCAAAUCACGCCUGAUUGGAAGCGGUAUUUUAAUUGAUCUCUACCACCGUGCCUUACAGGUAGAUAGGUUUGAUGAGUUUAGUCGAAACUGCGUCAGACUCUCAGAGUCUGAUUAUCUGCCUUUCUUUGAGUCAACUGAUUUUUUAGCCAAAGCAAUGUUUGCAGAGGAUGAGAAUAUAUAUUCAAAUCUCAAAGACAUUGUUGUGACUCUGUGUAAAAGCAACGACAAAAUUGCAGAGAAGGCAUCGAUGGCAAUUUUAGCGCAUGUCGACAGAUCUUCAAAUCCAGUUGAUUCAGCCGCUAUUGCAUAUUCCAUCGAUCUAAUUCAAGCUAAUCCCAACGUUAGCAACUACCUAUAUCCAAGGGACCCUUACAAAGAAUUGGACAAAUACGUUACUUCAAUAAGUUAUCAAGUGGCGCUUUGCAACCCGCUAGGGCUCAAUACUCACUUUGUUCAUGUUUCUAGCAACGAUUUUGAGUUCGACAGUAUAAGAAAACUCGUUUGUAGGGGUUUAUUUCUGGACUCAUUGAUGGAAUCAAUUCCUGAAUUAUCUGAUGAUAAUAGAAUUCUCUAUCUUACAAUCCUUGCAGAGUGCGCUACUGACUAUAACUCCUUGAGCCCUGAUCCCUUGGAUUACAUGCAGAACUUCAAAAACACGAUCUUUCAACACAAAAAAGUUACUUUUGAAUUUGCAGACAUAGUCAAGACUGUCAUAGACCGGUCGUCUGCACCAACAUUUCUACUUGAACAGCUUACUUCUAUGGAUGGUCAUUCAGAAGUUGUUUCAUUUUAUAAGUGCAGAACACUUCACAGAAUUCUUUCAAAUGCUGUUGACUAUGUUUCAUCAUCGUCUUUUGAUAAGAUUGUAUCCAUUGAUGACUAUAUUUCCAAGUUGGUGAGAGACAAAGACAGACAAGGUCGAGAAUUUCUUGUGGCGUCCACUCUUCUCUCAUCUUUCUCUAAAUUUAACGGCGUUGGAAAUACCCUCACAAAGGUAAGAACACUGCUAGCAUCAGAAAUGAUAGGUGUUAAAGGUCGUGAAAUGGUGGAAAGAACACCUAAAGCGGUAAUACUACUUAACAAUAUGUUGAGGGUUGACAACGACGCAGCUUUUGCCGAAGAUUUUACGCCCAUUUCUCCUCAACGUUUGAGAAUGAUUCUCAAUGAGAUAGGUAGAUGGUUCGAUAGUGAUCUAUAUUAUGAUGAUAGCUUCGCUCUUGCUAGAUUGGCACUUUUGCAGUUUUUCCGGCUGAUCCUCAAAUUUCCUACUAUCAUUUCCAUGGAGAGUUCGAUAUUUGAACCAUAUAUUCGGCUGCUUUCUGAUUCGCUCGAUAUGUGCUUAAUUGAAGAAACACCAUUUCUGCAAGAACUCAUAAUGAUAUCGGUCCAAUGUUAUAAGCAGCUAGGUGAUCUCGUUGAGGAGGGCACACUUGAUAAAGAUCUUUGGAUUGAAAAUAACGAUAGCAUGGAAAAGAGUUUCAUAGAGAUGUGUUUCGGUGUGUUUGGUUCCAGACCCUCUAACAUGUGUUCAUUUUUGUUCUAUCAGAUCGCAGGAACAGUCAUUUCUGAAAUCCCUACACAGGUUCUCCAGCAUUACUACGAAGAUCUGUUAACUAAGUUCAUAUCGAAAUCCAUCAAUAAUAUCGAUCAACUCAGAAUCAUUGUUUCUGUCCUAAGAAAGUUAGUUUUAUCAAGACAGCAAGAACUGUUAAUUGAUUAUGAGCUUCAAAAAUCGUCUGGAACAUCUGAACCGAAUGAGGAGAAGUUGUUUGAAAUACCAGAAGGGCUGUUGAAGGUGUUAAACCAGAAUAUUCCGGAUGAUUACUUAGAAUAUGAGGACGAGGUUAACUUCAUUCGCUAUCUUUGGUCUUGUUUUCUCACACAUUCGUUUUUCGAGGACAUGUCUUACAACAUAAGACAAGGAUAUAUUGAGCAGCUGAAAGAGAACGAUACGUUAUUCAAGUUGUUUGACUUUUUUUCUGAUCAGGUUGAUUUGAUGGAUCAUCACUUUUGGAACAUGGUUCCCGAAACCGACAUAUUACAUUAUCAAGUUCAAGAUCCGUCUCAUACUUAUUUCAAGGAAGAUAUUCUCAAUGAAUCCAAGAAGCUCCUAUUGCAUCUAAUGUACGUUUUUUUCAAUAGUGUUGGCUCUGCAACAAGUACGUGGUGGCUGAACAUAAAGGAUCGGUCGAGGCAACUGAAAAUCGAGAAAUUUGUGUCCCGCUAUAUCUCACCUAUUUUGAUUCGCCAUGAGCUUGCAGAAGUGGCUAGUAAAGUCAAGCGUCUAACAUCGCAAGAUCAAAGCUUGACUAUCAAAAUAAACAAUGUUACCAAUGAAAUAAAGGCUGGUUAUCUCGUCGAUGAACAGACACUUGAAAUAGUGUUCAAGUUACCAGCGAAUUAUCCAUUGAAUAAUAUUCAGGUCCAAGGAAUCUCGAGAGUUGGUAUUAAUGAGCAAAAGUGGAAAUCAUGGAUAUUGUCCACACAAAGAGUCAUUACUGGGAUGAACGGGUCGGUCGUUGACUCCCUUGAACUAUUCACUAAAAACGCAAAUCUUCAUUUUUCGGGUUUCGAAGAAUGUGCUAUUUGUUACUCUAUCUUGCAUGCUGUCGACAGAAAGCUACCAUCUAAAACUUGUCCAACCUGUAAUAACAGAUUUCAUGGAGCUUGUUUAUACAAGUGGUUCAGAUCGUCAGGAAACAACACAUGCCCAAUGUGCCGUGGCGAAAUUCCCUUCAGAAAGUGA